AGGAUGUUGCGCGUGAAGGGGAAAUGGCUGCCGAAAACAAGCCGGAAGGACUGAAGAAAGUUCGUAAUCCGGAUCGAAUGUACAGAUCAGCAGUGUGUUAUGCUGGCCACGGUCCACCUAAGAGUAUCAGUGAUGACACAGAGACGAACAAUGAACAUGGACAUUUGAAAAUAUAUCUGCCCAAGAAGCUGCUUGAAUGUCUACCAAAAUGCACCUCGCUGCCAAAGGAGAGACACCGGUGGAACACUAAUGAGGAGAUCGCGGCUUACUUGAUAACAUUUGAAAAGCAUGAAGAAUGGCUAACGACAUCCCCUAAAACAAGGCCACAGAAUGGGUCGAUGAUAUUGUACAACAGGAAGAAGGUGAAGUACAGAAAAGAUGGCUACUGCUGGAAGAAGAGGAAAGACGGGAAGACCACGCGGGAGGAUCACAUGAAGCUGAAAGUACAGGGAGUUGAGUGUCUGUAUGGCUGCUACGUCCACUCCUCCAUCAUCCCCACCUUCCACCGCAGGUGCUACUGGCUGCUCCAGAACCCUGAUAUUGUGCUCGUCCACUAUUUGAAUGUUCCAGCCAUUGAGGAUUGCGGGAAACCAUGUGGUCCUAUCCUGUGCUCCAUCAACACAGACAAGAAGGAGUGGGCCAAAUGGACCAAGGAGGAGCUAAUCGGCCAGCUCAAGCCAAUGUUUCAUGGCAUCAAGUGGACUUGCAGCAACGGGAACAGCAGCUCUGGCUUCUCAGUGGAGCAGCUAGUGCAACAGAUUCUGGACAGCCACCAAACCAAGCCACCUCCCCGGACUCACAACUGCCUCUGCACAGGCACCCUGGGUGCAGGAAGCAGUGUGCACCACAAAUGUAACAGCGCCAAACACCGCAUCAUCUCCCCUAAAGUGGACCCCCGCUCGGGUGGUUACAGCAGCGCUCACUCUGAAGUCCAGAACAACGAUGUGUCCGAGGGGAAGACUGAGCACAGCGCCCAUGGUGGAGGCAAAAGCUCCGGGGGAGGAGGGGGAGGGGGGAGCGCCAGGGAGAAACGCAACGGCAAAGUCCACAAACCUGUCCUGCUGCACCAGAACAGCACGGAGGUGUCAUCCACCAACCAGGUGGAGGUCCCUGACACGACACAGAACUCCCCCGUCUCCAUCAGCAGCGGCCUCAACAGCGAUCCAGACAUGGCUGACAGCCCUGUGGUUACAGGGAUGAGCCACGUGGCUUCUGUCAUGUCCGGCUUGUCUCAGAGUGUCUUCAUGUCUGAGGUCACUGGAGACCCUGUCUACAGCAUGUCUCCCACUGGGGGUCCAAACAGUCACUUAAUGGGUGCAGAUGCCACCUCACAGGGCUUGGUGAUGUCUGUUGCCUCUGAUCGUCAUAAAUUCGCCUUCCCUGGAGGAGGAGGAGUAGGGGAGCCCGGGACUAACGCUGCAGGAGACAGUCUGGCCAUGCUGUCCUCAGGAGGAGUGUCUGAGGAACUGGUCCUCUCUAGUAGUCUGGACUCUGGAAACAUCAAGAUCCCAGAGACCAAUAUGAACUUUGAUCCUGAUUGCUUCUUAAACAACCCCAAACAAGGUCAGACAUAUGGUGGCAGUGCAAUGAAGACAGAAGGCAACUCCUCUUCAACCACAUCUUCCUCUGUUAGCACCAACGGCAGUUUGCAGCGCUCCCCCACCAUGUCUGACAACGCCUAUACCUACAACUCAGCUUUGGUUAAAAAUAUCAAGACGGAAGACACGUCUUUUGAGCAACAGCUGGCUAAGGAGAGCGGCUACCAGGUUGGAACAGUAGUGAACUGUGGUAACGGGGUCAAUGUGUCAUCUGGUGCUGGUUCAGGCCAGGGAAAUCUUACUCUCAAUCCAGCAGGCUCCAUGCUCCCUUCUGGUGGGGGUCUGAGUCCCAGCACCACCCUGGAACAGAUGGAUUUCAGUGCCAUCGAUGCCAAGCAGGACUAUACUUCCAGCGCAGCCGCAGUGAGCUACAGUCAGGCCAUGUCCAGCCCUCAUAUGCAGCAUCAGAAUCAGUCCCCUAGCUUCUUCCUCCAGGACGCCUCUCAGACUGGUCAGGCUCAGCAGGGGAGACCCGGAAUGAACCAGAAAACACACAUGAUGGAGCACAACUCCCAUGACUCUGGAGCUUAUAUGGGGCUACAAGUGGUGAAGACAGACUCCCCUGGCAGCAAUGGCCACCUACACCACCACCACCAGGCCCACCAGACCCAGCACAGGGCUAACUGCAACGGAGGCUCACCAACCGAGGCACCCGGUCAGGCCGGCUCUCUCCAGCUGCUGCAGUACCAGGGCACCUUUCCUGGUUUGGGUGCCGAACAUGAGGAGGUGGUGGGUCUGGAUCAGCAAGGAAGUGUGAGUUCAGGUCAAGCUGGAGCCAAUGAGAAUGGAGCUGAGAAUCUACUCAAGCCAGGAGACCACAUUCAAACCUGUGGGGCAGGAAAUGGAGAGGGAGGAGGCUCAGAUCACUACCUGCAGCAGUCCUCAGAUGGAGGCGGAGGAGGGACAGGAGGUGCAGGAGAAGGAAUUCGUAAUGGCAACAACAGUGAUGGCAGCAGCCGCUCCCAGCAGCAACAACAGCUGCAGCCGCUUCUCCAAGGCACAAGCAUGGUGCAGGGACUCUACAACACUGUGGGAACCCACCAGGGUCUGGGUGGAGCAGCCAGUAAUGGAGGAGCAGGAGGGACAGGCAUGGAGAUCAGUCUGGAUCACUUUGACAUCUCUUUCGGCAACCAGUUUUCUGACCUUAUUAACGACUUCAUCUCAGUGGAUGCCAGUGGAACCACAAUGUCAGCCGGAGGGGCCAUGUAUGCUCACCAACUGGUCACAUCACACAGCUCAGAUAGUCAGAAUGCAGCCGGUGGACCGCCCCAGCAAGGCCAAGAGGACGGAGGGGCCAGGGGCUCUGGCUACAACCCCUCAGAGCUCUGCCUCCAGCCCUGCUGCAGCCCCCAGUCUCUGAAUGGGGGGGCUGGUGCAGGGGGAAACACAGGAGAGGCAGGCUCAUUGUCCUACAUGAAUGUAGCAGAGGUUGUGUCUGCAGCUGUUGCUCAAGGGGCUCUGGGGAUGCUUCAGGCCACAGGCCGCCUCUUCAUGGUCACUGACUACUCGCCUGAAUGGUCCUAUCCUGAGGGUGGAGUAAAGGUGCUGAUAACUGGGCCCUGGCAGGAGGCCAGCUCAAACUACAGCUGCUUGUUUGACCAGAUUUCAGUCCCAGCCUCUCUCAUCCAACCAGGAGUGCUGCGCUGCUACUGCCCAGCUCAUGACACAGGUCUGGUGACGCUGCAGGUGGCCAUCAGUAACCAGAUCAUCUCCAACUCUGUGGUGUUUGAGUACAAGGCCCGCGCUCUCCCUUCACUGCCAUCAUCUCAGCACGACUGGCUCUCACUGGAUGAUAACCAGUUCAGAAUGUCUAUCCUGGAGCGCUUGGAGCAGAUGGAGAGGAGGAUGGCGGAGAUGGCCAGCCACCAGCAGCAGAGCGGUGCAGGGAGUGGCGGAGGUGGGGGAGGAACAGGGGGGGAGGAGGGGGAGGCGCCGGAGGAGUGUGUAUCGGGCCAGUUGCAGGCCAGCAGCUCCUUCGAGAGCCGUGUUGUGGUGGUCUGUGAGAAGAUGAUGAGCAGAGCUUGUUGGGCCAAAUCCAAACAUUUAAUCCACUCCAAGACCUUCCGAGGCAUGACGCUCCUUCACCUGGCUGCAGGCCAGGGCUACGCCACCCUCAUCCAGACACUCAUCAAGUGGCGCACCAAGCACGCUGAUAGUAUUGAUUUGGAGUUAGAAGUGGACCCUCUAAAUGUAGAUCACUUCUCCUGCACACCUUUGAUGUGGGCAUGUGCGCUGGGUCACCUGGAGGCAGCGGUGGUCCUGUAUAAAUGGGACAGACGUGCACUAGCUAUCCCUGAUUCUCUGGGCCGAUUACCCCUCUCUAUUGCCCGUUCUCGGGGCCAUACCAAACUGGCUGAAUGCCUGGAGCAGCUACAAAGAGAAGAGCAGCAGCCACCAGCCCCUCUACCACCCACAACCCGCAUGUCAUUCUCCCCAAACCCUGACACCCCUACCACAGACAGCUGGAUGGUCAGCUGGGCAAAUAACACCCAAGCACCCAGCGGCAAGAAAGGGGGUCCUGCUACAACUACAACCACAUCCAGCACCACAAGCCUCAAUCCAGAUUUGAGACGGCCGAGAUCAGAACCCUCCAAUUACUACAGCACAGAGGGCCAAAGAGAUCUCCCGCUAGCUAAGAAACACAAACCCAACCCAGAACUGUUUCAGACUCGGCCCGACAAGGCCAUGUCUGUUCCUCUGAGCCUGGAGCAGCAACAGCUCCACAAGCUGUCCUCUAGCCCCAAGAGCCUGUCCUCAGAGGGCUUGAGCUCAGACAAGAGCCUGUCUACAGGAAGCAGUACGGGGACGACCAGAUGGAGCUCCAGAGAGAGUUUCUCCAGCAGUGGCUUGGGGAGGAAGGCGCUGGGGGUCAGUGGAAGCAGCAGCUUGGGGAAGGAAAAACUGGUCAACCGGUUACGACAGAGGGAACAGCUCGGCAUGCUGGUGAUGGCAGACAGAGAAAUGGCUGAUGCAGAACUGUUAUCCUAUCGGGAAGAUCUGGAGAACCAGGACUGUCUCACACAGAUGGACGACUUGCAGGUAAACAUGAUGACUCUGGCGGAGCAUAUAAUUGAAGCAACGCCAGAGAGAAUAAAAAGGGAGAACUUCAGUGCUGCAGACUCUGCGCCAUUAGACACGUCAGGGGUCAGCAACACCAUGAACUGGCUGGCAAACUACCUGGGAGAUGUGGAGCAGCUGCCGAGCAUUAUACACCUACGAUCUCUGUAUAAUGAACCCCUGACCCCAUCAUCCAACCCCAGCCUCAGUCCUGGGGGGUCUCCGCUGAGGGAAGGUCCCUUGGAGAGGUCUACACUCCCAUCUCCAGCUGACUGGAGUGAGUUCAUCAAUGCCUCCAACAGCAAGGUGGAGCGAGACCUGGCCCAGCUGACUCUGUCAGAUCCUGAGCAGAGAGAGCUGUAUGAAGCUGCCCGCCUAGUCCAAACUGCCUUCCGCAAGUACAAGGGACGGCCGCUCCGAGAGCAACAGGAAGUAGCUGCUGCCGUUAUUCAACGUUGCUACAAGAAAUACAAACAGCUAACAUGGAUAGCCUUGAAGUAUGCACUUUAUAAGAAGAUGACGCAGGCCGCCAUCCUUAUCCAGAGUAAAUUCCGCAGUUACCACGAACAGAAGAAGUUCCAGCAGAGCAGGAGGGCUGCCGUGCUCAUUCAGCAAUACUACCGCAGCUAUAAGGAGUUUGGCAGACUGAAGCCCCACCACCGCGGGGCUGCUGCUGCCCUGGUGCAGCACAAACUGAGAGGUAGUCUGCUCACAAAGAGGCAGGAUCAGGCUGCCAGGAAGAUCAUGAGGUUCCUACGUCGCUGCCGCCACAGCCCCUUGAUGGACCAUAGACUGUUCAAGCGGGGUGAAAGAAUUGAAAAGGGCCAGGGAACAUGAGACCCCUCAGAAGAGCCCCCUCACGAUGUGACAUCACUCUCCUGACUCCUCUUUUCUUUUUUCGUUUGUACCCGAGACAUUUUACAAGAGAAAUGAAAAAAAAAAAAACAUCAAUGCAAGCACUGCAAUUAUUACUACUACAGCAGUGUUACUGGCUGGACUACUGCAACAUGUACAACAGCUUUUUUUCACAUAUCUUUUCUUUUCACUGACUUGAUUUUGGUCGGAGAGUGGCAACUUCUAAUGGGAAUAUAAACUACAAAGGGCCGGGGUGGGGGGGUUCAGAACAUUUGCUUCAUGGCAUUUUUUGCACUUUUUCAUGGAUUGCUUUUGUCUUAUUUUUGAAAAAGAAGAGGAUUCAGAUGGGAAAGGAAGCCAAGGCAGGACAUGUCUGAGAGGACGCAUAUUAAGGCUGCUGCAGAAGAUCUCAGAGGAUAGGGAGACCAUGCAGAAACACUCUGGGCUCUUAUUGUGUUUCAUAUUUUUUAAGUGACCAAUCGAUUCAUUUGAAGAAGGAUUUUUUUUACCAAAUGUAUUGGUGAUCCACACAUCCACUUGUUUCCACUGCUGUAGAUGAUACGAUUCAAUUUAGCUCAACAAUUCACACUGUCCCACUGUGCUCUACCCCACCAGUCUGCCCACUCGGGUGGAGCUACAAAUGAAUGUAGUCGGGGGUUUAACAAUACAGAAGCAGAUGAGGGAUACGAUAUUUGUUUUUUGCCAUUUCUUAAGGAAACCCAUAUGGUUUAUGGUAAAUAUUGUCACUUUCUUACUUGAAUUUGUUCCAUACCGUCUGAUGUAUUUGUUCCAUCAUGUCCAAUGUAAUGGUGAUCUGUAUCUUCAGACUCUAUGUUGUUGAUUCCUUCCAAGAAAAAUGCAUGACUUCUUGGCAAGAAAAGUCUUUGCUUGUGUGCUUAUGGUCCAGUCUUUCAGCCUAUCCUCUGAUUUUCUUUUUGUUUCCAUCUCUCCCUUCAUCACCAUCUGAGUAACACUAUCCAUGUAUCGUCUUGUUUCUUUGGAUCUCACUCCACGUUGCUUGUUUCGGUUGAUUGCUCCUCUGAAAGCGAACAAGAGAAGAGAACUCGCCUAUUUGGUUCGUUCUGGUUCUGGUCAUGCAGGUUAUUAAUGUUCUUUUUAAAUGAACUUCAGAGCCUGUGAAGGCUUUUGAGGGGAAGAUCACAUACAUUGCCUUGACGUCUUAGAGAUUCUUUGAGGGGUCCCUAAGCUUGUCCCAAAAUAGGGGUUUGACAAAUCCAUAUUUUUGACAAUUGAGCGAUUUCUGUAUAUAAAGAAGGCUGGAAGUACGUAGGAAAAAAACAUUUACCCAACGGGGAUUGUAUUUUAGAAAUAUAUUAUUUUAUUCAUUAAAAAUGGGUCAAAAACAGGUAUGAGACAAAAACAGAAUAUUUGUAUAGUUUUGUUUGAAUGCCUAAGAAGUAUGGUUGUAUUGUUUGUAAAUAGUGUAAAUACCUGGGAUAAAAAUGAGCUAUGUGCAUGAAAAGUAUGAUGAGAUUCAAAAGGGAAAAAAACAACAAAAGCAGUAGUGGCUAUGCUCUGUAAAAUUAAAACUAUUUCACUAGUAGAGUAUUUUAUUUUAUUUUGAUUGUUCUUAAGAAGAACAUUUUGCUAAAGCAUGAUACUAUUGCAAUAUAAAAAGUACAAAAAAAUACUGUAUUUAGAGUUAGGAGAAGUCUGCAAAAUUAUCUUAAAACAAGUACAGUUAUGUUUACAUUUUCUUUCUUUGUUUUUUUUUUUAUUGGUUCGUUUUGGGCUACCAAGAAUUUUUUGCCAAUGGUGCCAAGAUAUGUGAAUGCUAUAUAGCUUAAGAUGAAGAGUUAAGUUAAUUUUUGCAGAACAGAUAAUCAUACACAAGCACUGAAGACCAUAAGAUCACAACUGGCCGAGUCACUCGAACAAUAGGGUACACAGUUUGCAAAGGGGGGGUCAUGUUUAAGCAGAAAGCAUUGAAGUCUCUCAUGUCUCCACUGUUCCAACAUUAACUGAAGCAUUUGACCAUCACUGAAUACGGUUUGAUUUAUUGUUUUCAUUGCAAAUGGAAUGUCAUAUGUUGUUGAGAUUUUUUGAUCUUAGCAGCCUUGCCCAUGGUGUCAAUGUGAUAACUCUCCGUCCCAGAGAACGAUUUAAUCCCCCCCUUAAAUGUAAAUGUGCAGCAAGAAUUGAUUUAUCAAUUCUUGGCUUACCCCUGUAAACUCAGCAGGAUUUUUCCCUAACACACUACGUUUUAAUAGAGAGGAACUCCCUGAUCAAGGCUGCUAGGGUCUAAAUAAACAUUAUAUUUAAUGUCAAAUUGAACAAAGAGAAAGAUUUCUGGUUGAAAAAGAUGUGUGGCAAACUGUACAUGACUGGAUUUCUUUGUCAAGCAGCUGAAAAAAAAAAAGUAAAAUGAACUCUUCCGACUGUCAAAGGUGCUAAAACGGUUUUAAAAGUUGCAUCCAUGGAGGGUAAAUGAGCCAAAAAGACUGUAGUAACUAGUGUGUACAGCAGUGCACUUGUGCCAUUUAUAAUUCUAAUUCUUGUACAUUGGAUAUAUAAAGAGAGAGAAAACACUCGAGCUGCUGUUUUUUAGAGGUGCCUGCUGGUUGCUGCCUAAUAUCUAUAUAAUAUAAUCUAACCCAAAAGUGUUUCUGUUUCCAAGUAAUGACAUUUGAUCAUUCAGCCAAGUGCCACUGAAAAACUUGAGUUUUAUUUUAAAGUAUUGUCAUGUUUCUUAGGCUACAUAUUCUCACAUUAAUUUCUGUGACUGACAGGUUGUUUUGUUGUCCCGUUCCCCCCCCCCCCUUCCCCCCAUGUCAACUUUUAUUUCCCGAGUGUUUAUGUAGAAAGUGCCUCUUCAUAUCCUGAUCACGCAUAAUGCAGAAUACACACAAUGUACCCGAGGUUGAGGAAAUGUGAUGGUCACCCCACACACACACAUACAGUGCUGUAUCCUCUGUAUCCCCCCCCCCAGGUUACACUGACCCAAGGCCACAAUCUGAUAAAUUCCCAGUUCACACCGGUAUCAGUCCAGCACUACAGCCUGUCAACAUGCUAAGCUUUACUUUUUGUUUUUUUCUCUGCCUUCUGCUCUGUUUUCUACUGGGACAGCUUGUUAAAAUCACUUUUAAGAAAAUGCCACUACUGGGGUUUGUUGCCUUGCAUUCAUCCUCUAGUCUGUUGUUAGAGUGCAUAGCCGAUGCAACAUGGUGGCAAAAAGGAGAGGGAUUUAUUAUGCUUGCAUGGGUAAAAUAGUUAACUGGGUGACAGAACCUGCACCUAAAGCAUGCUUAUUUUCCUAGAAUCGGUAGUCAGAUAGACUUGUUAAAAAGACUUGAACGUUGGAUUGACUUGUCACAGAAUUCCAAAAGACAUAGGGCAUGUGACCGGAGGGCAAACAAGAAUUCCUACAAACAAGCCAAUGAUGAGUAAUCAGUUGCAACUGAUGUUUUCAUGGUGAGGCAUGACGACAAGAUUGUUUUUUAAGACCGAGCUCUAACUUUUUAGACUUUUUCCUUUCGUUUUUUUUUUUUGUAUCAUUUAGAUUUGAUCAGUGUGCUCCCAACCUCAGAUAGACCAAGGAUGCAGACAAUUGUGAAAGUAUGUACAGCAAGUAUUUCCUAAAAGUGACACACCUUACACACAAACACAUGCACAAGACACAGCAGCAGCACACAUGCAGACAUGUCAAAGUGUCAGUUUCAUUUGUACACAGCGCGGUGAGGGCAGCGUUUGCUCUUCUCGAGACUGAGGGACUGAUUCACCUCCCUUCUGUAUUUUACUCAGGGUGCCAAAAUGGGGAGGAGGAAACAGAGCAGGACACGUGAUUCACGGCAGAAGACGUUGAAAUUCAAAUAGGGAAACCUGAUGGUACUGAAGUUCACAGCCGGAACACGAAAGUAUUUAAAAUGAUUGAAUAUGAAAUAUAGAGCAAGCAGAUACCACAGGAGCCAUGGAAUAAGGUCCUGUUAUAUAUAGCUCAUUAAGAAAAAUAAUGUGACUUUUUAUCAUAGAAUCCUGUCAAAUCAUAGUAUAAUUCAGGCCAGUUCUUUCGGCCUCUAAUUUAUCUAAGUGACACAGACUAGAGGGUAUUUAAGAUUAAGAGAGUAGUUUUAUGAAAAGUUCACCUGCAAAUCUUGUUUUUACUGCCAUUUAUUAAUGGGAUGACAGGUUAGCUGAUAGGCACUCUUCAUUAGCGUUAUAAAUUUUCAAAGCGUUCUGUGAAUUGACCUGGGAAUCUGCCUUUCCUCCUCUUCUUUUUCCCCGAGUACCCAAACCGGAGAAAGGUAGGCACAUCAGGACAACAGAACAGAAGCAGUUUUACAACAUAUUCCACUCGUGGACACAGAGCAAUAAAGAAUUAUUUUGUGGAGACCUAUAGACCUAGUGAAGUUUCAAAAUGAUUGGACACAUGUAGUCGACUUACUCUUAUGCAAAUGCCAGUAUUGCAAGACAAGCAUUCAGUAGUUUAUGGACAGCAAUUAUAUGGCACCCUUUACCGAACUGCACGUUUUCAUCAAAUCCAAACCGAGAAAAAAAAUCCCUGCUUUGAUAGAAAGCUGUGGGUCCUCGACACUUUGCAUGUGAACUAGUGUUAGAUCUUUUUUCCUCUCCUCUAUAGCUGUCUUUCUCUCUGUCUUUCCCUGUUAUGUGACCCAAUUUUUCCCCCCUUCCCCGACCCUGUAUCCUUAAGGUUUCAUCUCCUCUUGGUUCUCCUGAUGUGUUUUGCUUUCCUCCCUUUUCUCCCCUUCUCUUGUUUGUAAGUUUUAUUUUUGUAAUUGUGCAUGUUCAAGCGUCACUGACUCGAUGGAUAUGUUUAAAAUUUAAAAAAAAAAAGAGAUUUCAGCUGCUGAAGCCAUGCAAAACGUUUUGAAUUGCCCUUAAAAUAUGGAAGAUGUUUUCUGAAUGCUUUAUAUUCUUUCUGCUGUAAAAUAAUAAAAAAAGGAAAAAAUGAAGAAAACUCGAGAACAAA